AUGGCGACACGAAAACGAGGAAUAACGCCAGCGCGAGAUCAAGUUCGUCGCAAGAAGCUUUCACUUGACGAGACAGACAACAUAGAGGUUUUCUGCCGUUUGUGCCCAUACUCUGGCUCGACACCGAGUCUUAUCGCAAUUGAUGAUGCCUCCGUGCAAACCGUGUUGCCACCCGCACAAUACCGGCGUGAGAAUGCUCCACAAGUCGAGAAAGUUUUCGGAUUUGGGCACGUUUUUUCGGAAGCAGACGGACAGGAAGUCGUAUUCGAGAAAACUUCUAGAGACUUGAUUCUGAAUCUUCUACGAGGACAGAAUUCCCUGUUGUUCACUUAUGGAGUCACUGGAUCGGGAAAAACUUAUACGAUGACUGGAAAGCCAACCGAAAGUGACACAGGAUUGCUGCCAAGAACGUUGGAUGUUAUUUUCAACAGCAUUAACAAUCGUGUCGACAAGUGUGUCUUCUAUCCAGCGGCUCUCAAUACGUUCGAGAUUCGUUCCACACUCGAUGCUCACAUGAAACGCCACCAAAUGGCUGUCGAUCGUCUCUCUACAUCCCGUGAAAUAACCGAUCGAUACUAUGAAGCUAUCCAACUAUCCGGAUACAACGAUGAUAUGGUAUGCUCGGUGUUCGUCAGCUAUGUGGAAAUCUACAACAACUACUGUUACGAUUUACUGGAAGACGCCAAGAAUGCUUCCAGAGUGUUGACGAAGAGAGAACUCCGUCAAGAUCGUCAGCAACAAGUCUAUGUGGAUGGUGCCAAAGACGUCGAAGUCUCGUCGAGUGAGGAGGCUCUGGAAGUUUUCUGUCUUGGAGAGGAACGCCGUCGCGUCUCUUCCACAAUUCUCAACAAGGACUCAUCUCGAUCUCACUCCGUUUUCACCAUCAAAUUGGUCAUGGCUCCAAGAGCCCGCGACGCAAAGAAUGUCUAUCCAGAAAUGGACUCAACUCAAAUUGUGGUCUCACAGUUGUGUUUAGUUGAUUUGGCUGGAUCCGAAAGAGCCAAGCGUACCCAGAACGUUGGAGAGCGACUUGCCGAAGCAAACUCGAUCAAUCAAUCUCUCAUGACUCUUCGACAAUGCAUCGAUGUUCUCCGACGUAAUCAGAAGAGCAAUUCCAACAUCGAGCAGGUUCCAUACCGUCAGUCAAAGCUGACUCACUUGUUUAGAACCUAUUUAGAGGGCAACGGAAAAAUUCGCAUGGUGAUUUGCGUGAAUCCCAAGCCAGAAGAUUAUGAUGAGAACCUGAGUGCCCUCGCCUUCGCAGAAGAAUCUCAAACGAUUGAAGUCAAAAAACAAGUGGAAAGAAUGCCAACCGAUAGAAUCCCGCAUUCAUUCUUCACGCAAUGGAAUUCGGAACUUGAUGGAGCUGUUCAGAUUGAUGUUGACCGCGCGGAGACUCCAUGCCCGCCAACGUUCUGCUUGAGAGAUUACAACGAUAACGACACUGUUGAAUCGUUGAGAAUUUAUGCCCGGAAGCUCUCUGUUCUUCAGGAUUCUUCAGAUGACGGUGCAUCGUCUUCUCUUCUGUCUCUGGUCCGCCAAUACAUGUUGGAGGCUGACUACCAACGCAUGGAAAUCGCUCGUCUCAAAGACACACUCAGCGAUAAGGACGAAGAAAUUGAGAAGCUUCGUGGAUUCUGUCGCCGAUACAAGAGAGAUUGUGCUUCGAUGAAAGAACGUAUAGCCAAGUAUGAACAAGGAGAACAAGAGAAUCAGAUGGCUAUGGAGAAACUUGUCGAGCAAAAGAUGGAGGAUCGAAAGAUCAUUCAAUCUCAGAAGAAGGCAAUGCGAAAUGUCCGUGAAUUGAUCGACAAUCCGUCACCAUCGGUCGCUUCUUUACGUUCUCGUUUCGAUCAAGAGAAUAUGGGUCUUCAACCAAGUGCCCCGAUGCAAACUCCACCGCCACCAUAUCAGACUCCUGGACGUGCUCCAGUCUACAGAAAGCGACUCGAAGCUGCCGUCUCCACUACCGCUGUGAAUGGAAGUGGAUCAUCAUCAAAUGGAGCUAACGGCCAACAGGGAUACGUGAAUCCCAAGUAUCAGAGACGCUCGAAAUCAGCUUCAAGACUUCUCGAUCAUCAGCCAGUUCAUCGUGUCCCAACUGGAACGGUUCUCCAGUCUCGCACACCAGGCAACGCGAUAAAAACUACAAAGCCAGAGCUCCACCAACUGAAUAAAUCUGGCGAGUAUCGUUUGACUCAUCAAGAAGUCGACCAAGAGGGCAACAUAAGUACCAAUAUAGUCAAGGGUGACGUGAUACCGACUGUCUCUGGUGGAACCGCCGUCUUCUUCCACGAUAUCGAAAAGCUGACACACGAAUCGCCGGGCGUUCGAAAGUAA